UGGUCAGUUCAAUUUGAUUUGGAGUUCAACUUGAGGCGGGAGCAGUUUGAGCAACUCAGUGACGAGGGUUGAACUGGUUACUGGGCCCCGGACAGGAGAAGGCAAGUCGGGACUCGGGUCGGCUUCCACUUGGACUACAACAUGAGCUAAACAUCAGGAAACAGUCUAUCCUGGUGCCGCAUAAACCAAGGUCUGGGAGCUGGGGAAGGGGAAGUCUCUAAACUGUGGAUAGUUGGUCAGAGUACUGCAUUAUGGUUCCUACUCCUAGAACAAACAAAGUUCAAGAAGUAGCUGGCAGUCCAUGCAAGAACCUCCAAAUAGAAGUAAAAAUGCAGUCUCAGCAACUCCUUGCGAACAGAAUGGAAAACAUGGACACUCCUAAUCUCAAAGGCAGGACAGCUUUUAUUCCACGGCAGCGAUUGGUGACUCCCCUGAUUUCAAACACAUUGAAUCAUCUGAUCUCUAGUGUUGAAAACAGCCAGAGAAAAUCAGAAAAACCAAUCAGCCCAAAUCUUGAAAUGCUUAGAAUGACACCAGGUCUUCAACAGAAACAAAAGAUUUUACAGGAAAAACAUCUGAAGGCAAAAUCCUCAUUGGACAAGAUUCCUGUAGGAGGUGGUGUCAGCCUAUGGCCAGACAUGGAUGAUAUGCGACUUACUAAAAGAGAAGUACUUGUUCUCACUAUAUCAUCUUUGCUCCUAAUUUUUGCUGUCGUCACCUUGUUUGAAUACUUGCAUGGCCCAUUACUAUUACACUUAAAUUACUAUAGUGGGAGAGUCAGGACAUUCCAUGGGCAACACCCUAUUGCAAGGAGCUCAGAAGUAGCACUCAACCAAUCGCUCAUAAGGUGGCACAAGGAUUUCUGGAAACUACUGGAUAACAUUCAACAACAGUUUGAAGUGCCCUUUUGUUGUGUGCAUGCAACCUUCAUCCUCUAUAUCAUGUUUUACGUUGCUGGAAUAACAGUGCUGCUUUACUACUUAGUGGAUAAUAUGAUUCAGAAAAGUCGACUCACUCCAAAGAGAAUAAAGACCUGGUUAACUCUGCUGGUGGUUACUGCAUCCUGGACAUUUCUUAUGAUAAAGCUGCUGGUUGCUGCACACCAUCUUGAACGUGAAAUUGAAGGAACAGUGUACACUUUGAUAGAAGAACUGGCCGACCUAGCAGCAACUGGUCAUGAUCUUCGCUGCUACCAUGACAUUGUUACCUAUUGGCAAUUUCGAUGCCUUCCUCCAACAACUCGUGGAAUAUUGAAAAUCUUUGGAAUAAUUAAAGUCCAUGAUAUUUCCUUUUACUUCCAUUACUAUAGCUUGCCAGUGAUUACUGCAUUGUGCACACCAAUUAUUAAACUACUACUUGCAUUGAAGACCAUCUACAGCAGACCACGAGUCUGCUAAACAAACUGUUGUAAUUUUAACUUUCUUCCAA